GAUCCCGAAUAUAAUUGAAGCCAUCGAGUCAAAUCCGUCAAUACGUACGCAAUUAGUUGGUCAACAUUAAAAAUCUACUCUUAUCCUAAAAAGGAAAAGGGUAAUUUGGCGGCUUUUGAUUCCCAUUUUACCUCCCGAAAAUAUUUUUAGGGUUUCAUUGACCUAGCUCCCCGCCAACUCAGAACACUCUCGACUUCUAUUUUGGAUUUCGUUAAGUGAACUCCACAUCCACAACAGAACCAGUUUCCGGCCCUUCCCUCCAAACAACCGGUUCAUUCUAGUUUCCCAGAGCUUUUGGGGAUUCGGGACUUUGAUUUUAUAUGCUUGGCUUUGAUGCCUUUUUAGAGGUUUCGUAAUUCCUGCUAUUUUUCAAAGGGAGAGCAAGGAUUAUCUAUGGUCUAGAUGUGUCAAAAAAGUUUGGAGAUUUUUUCUUCAUAUGGUAUUGACUUUUGCGUUCUCUGUAAAAUAGACGGUUUGAAGCAAAUUUGCUUUGCCUAAGAAGAUAGGAUGCCAUCUGCUUUGUUUUUGAAGCUGAGUACGGUUCGGAAUGGAAUCCAGAGAACGGAAUGCAAGCUACAAGAUUCACUUGAAAUUCUGAUGGGAAAAGGGAAGCUAGGGUUUAGAAAUUACAGGUUUUUUCAUUCUUCAAGACUCUCAGGACUUGCUGAUUUUCAAGGAUUUUUGCCAAGUGGGACAGUUUUGGCUGCAUGCUCAGAUUCUCUAUCAGUUAAUCGUGGAAGGAACAUUUCUGCUGUGGGCGCAUUUUCUCGAACUGUUUCUGUUCCAUCUGUUUCAGGCCCUGCCUUCCAGGUUUGUAGGUAUCAUAUUGAUUGUGCACUUGUUGACUCCAGCCAAAUAGCACCACCUGUGAGCAAAUGUCAGAGUAGUCCUAUGGCUGUUUCUAGUUGUGGAGUUGUAAUUGGUGGAUUUGUUGAUUCAUUGAAGUUAAAGCAUGGGCACCUUUCAUCGUCUGCAAGUAGUGCUGAUAUAUUUUAUGGCAACAGAAGCAUACAUCCUAGAAUAAGUUUGAAAAGUCUUGAGAAACCUAACAAUUAUGCAAUCUACGGACAGUUCUUGCAUGGUAUUGGAAAAAGAUGGUGCAACUGUAAUCUUUCCUCAGGGUCAGGUUCAAGAGCUUUCCAUGGUUCAUCGCCUUCUUGUUUAUCAGCUGGGACAGCCCGUGAUGUUCCCUUUGAUAAUUCUGGAGGUGAAGAACAGGUUCCCAGUUCAGAAGAGAAGAUUUCUACUGGCAAAACUCUGAAGCUGCUCUCAGGUUCUUGCUAUCUUCCCCAUCCUGAUAAAGAAGAUACUGGAGGAGAGGAUGCUCAUUUCAUAUGCGCGGAUGAACAAGCAAUAGGUUUAGCGGAUGGAGUUGGUGGCUGGGCUGAUCUGGGUAUUGAUGCAGGUCAGUUUUCUAGGGAGCUCAUGUCUAAAUCUGUAUCUGCUAUCCAAGAGGAGCCUAAGGGUUCAAUCAACCCUGCAAGAGUCUUAGAGAAAGCUCACUCUAGCACAAAGGCAAAAGGCUCCUCAACAGCAUGUGUCAUAGCACUUGGAGACCAGGGACUUCAUGCUAUAAACUUGGGGGACAGUGGUUUUAUGGUGGUUCGGGAUGGAUGUACUAUAUUUAGAUCCCCUGUUCAGCAGCAUGAUUUUAACUUCACAUAUCAACUUGAGAGUGGAAAUAAUGCUGAUUUACCUAGCUCCGGUCAGAUCUUUGCAGUUCCCGUUGCUCCAGGAGAUGUUAUCAUUGCUGGCACAGAUGGACUGUUUGAUAACUUGUACAAUAAUGAAAUUACUGCGGUGGUGGUUCAUGCACUGAGAGCUGGUUUUGGGCCUGAAGUGACUGCUCAGAAGAUAGCAGCAUUGGCACAAGAACGAGCACAGGCUAGAGAUAGACAAACUCCUUUCUCAACUGCUGCUCAAGAUGCUGGGUUCCGUUACUAUGGUGGAAAACUUGAUGACAUAACUGUUGUUGUAUCAUAUGUUACUAGCUCUGAUGAAGCUUCAAGCAAAAAGAGUUGAAUUCUGAGCAGUUGCCUUCCGGUUGACCUACAUGGAAAUGAACAUCGGGAGUGACACCAUUUACUCAGAACAAGGCUUGAUGAGGAUUUGGAGCUUUUGUAGCCAGGAAACUUGAGUUGGCUGGCUUGAUUUGUGGCUAUCCAGUUGUCUUUUGUUUGAUUUGGUUUUUUGUCACUGAUUCCUUUUAUGUUCGUGGAGUAAAGUGAGAUGAUAUGCUCUCCAUGUUCAACACCUGUCAUUAUUGUAAUUAAUAAUAAAUAAUACACUAAUAUCAUUCCGUUAGUAUACGAAAUCCUCAGUAAACAAAGGACUCCUGUUCAUUUGAAA